AUGAACCCCGAAGCCCCAUCAAUCAAAGUCUCGGGCCUGAACUACAACUUCCCCGAUGGAUCCAAAGCGCUGAGCCAAGUGAGCCUCGACCUACCUCCGGGGUCACGAACACUGUUGAUCGGAGCCAACGGAGCCGGCAAGACAACUCUUCUCCGCCUUCUCUCGGGCAAGCGACUCGCGCCGACGUCAACGAUCCUGAUCGGGGGAGUGGACCCGUUCCUGCACGGGCUGGAAGGUGUGACGUACCUAGGGAUGGAAUGGGUAUUGAAUCCGAUUGUCCGCAACGACAUUCCCGUGCACGAGCUUUUGGCCUCCGUCGGCGGCCCGUUCUACCCCGCGCGCCGCGACCAGCUCGUCCGCAUCCUCGAUAUCGACGUUAACUGGCGCAUGCAUGCCGUCUCGGACGGGGAGCGCCGCAGGGUACAGCUCGCUAUGGGGCUACUACGCCCGUGGAGUAUUCUCUUGCUCGAUGAGGUCACCGUCGAUCUAGAUGUCCUAGCCAGGAAUAGGUUUCUAAGGUUUUUGAAACAGGAGACCGAGGAGAGGGCGUGCACCGUUGUUUAUGCCACUCAUAUACUCGAGACGGCGGGGGAGUGGGCAACGCAUCUGGUGAGGGUCACAGGUGGCAGGGUUAAAUAUUAUGGCGAGACAGAGGGGGUGAUGGAGCAGGAGGCGAAGGCGAUGGGAGUGCAGAGAGCGGGGUUGACGCUGCUGCAAGUGGUACUAAAGUGGUUGGAGGAGGAUCUGGAGGAGCGAGGACCGCGAGGGGGGGUGAAGAGUGAGGCGGCUAGUUACUCGGACAUGACGAAGGUGGAGUAUGAUAUUGAGGUUUAG